UUCCUCUUUCCAAAUUUUCAGUUAUCAGCAAGAAAUAUGCAUGCCAUGCAGAGUUAAGCUUUUUUAUGCCUAGCUCCUUGAAAAGAAACAAGAGUACUUGUCCUGGCUGACUACAAGGCUGGGAUAAUCAAUUUGCGGCUUUUCUUGAUGAAUAUACAGACACAUUCAAGAUGGAGAGUAGCAGUACCAGCAGUGCUGAGACCAACUGCAAUAUCAGCAGUAUGUCAUUUCAGUACUCCCUCUAUGCGACCACCUACAUUAUCAUCUUCAUCCCUGGUCUUCUGGCCAACAGUGCAGCCUUGUGGGUUCUCUGCCGCUUCAUCAGCAAGAGAAACAAAGCCAUCAUUUUCAUGAUCAACCUCUCUGUGGCUGACCUUGCUCACGUGCUGUCUUUACCCCUCCGGAUCUACUAUUACAUCAGCCACCACUGGCCUUUCCAGAGGGCCCUGUGCCUGCUGUGCUUCUAUUUGAAGUAUCUCAACAUGUAUGCCAGCAUUUGCUUCCUGACAUGCAUUAGCCUUCAGAGGUGCCUCUUUCUCCUCAAGCCAUUCAGGGCCAGGAACUGGAAGCGUAGGUAUGAUGUGGGCAUCAGUGCUGCCAUCUGGGUCAUCGUGGGGACUGCCUGUUUGCCAUUUCCUAUCCUGAGAAGUGCUGGGUUACGCAACAACACUGACUCCUGCUUUGCUGAUCUUGGUUAUAAGAAAACGAAUGCAGUGGUUUUGGUUACAAUGGUUACAAUUGCAGAGCUAGCUGGCUUUGUGAUCCCAGUGAUCAUCAUUGCAUGUUGUACCUGGAAAACCACGAUAUCCUUGAGUCAGCCACCGAUAGCUUUCCAAGGGAUGAGUGAGCGGCGAAAAGCAUUGAGGAUGGUUUUUAUGUGUGCUGCAGUCUUCUUCAUUUGCUUCACUCCCUAUCACAUUAACUUUGUUUUUUACACAAUGGUAAAGGAAACCGUUAUUAGUAGCUGUCCCAUUGCCGAAAGCACUCUGUAUUUUCAUCCUUUUUGUCUGUGCCUUGCAAGCCUCUGCUGCCUUUUGGAUCCAAUUCUUUAUUAUUUCAUGGCCUCAGAAUUCCGUGACCAGCUAUCUCGUCAUGGCAGCUCUGUGACCCGUUCUCGUCUCAUGAGCAAGGAGAGUGGUUCAUCAAUGGCUGGCUAAAAUGAAAUGACUCUUCAAGUAUGACUUUGUUUACCUAUGUUUUUUGACUUUUUUCAAAGACCACAAUUACCAGACAAUUUCUUUAAUUGCACUUAGGAAA